AUGUUUACAAGAGAUUCUUCCUUCUCUGUUGUGGGAAUCACUUCUUUGUACCUUAGAGUUGGUGAAGAGUUGGUGAUGGCGUUUCUUGUUCUCAGGAUGGCAGCGUGGAUGUGGAACAAGUUUUCGACCUGGUUUUGGGACCCAUAUGUGUGGCUGCCCCCGAACUACAACUGGGAAGAUCUGGUGCCCAAUGAGAAGGUUCGCUACGCCAACUGGAGUGACCUGUGGACAUAUCCCAUUGUCAUGGCAUUGAUAGCUAUUCCCCUCCGGUUCUUGGUGCUCAACAAUUUAGUGUAUUGCUAUAUUGCCCAAGCUGUUGGCCUGAGGAAUGUUAGGCACCGUCCUGUAGUCCCUAAUGAGACUUUGGAACAGUUAUUUUCCCGCUAUAAGGCCAAACUUCCUGAUUGUGAGAUCAGCCGUUGUGCCAGUGUUCUCGGCUGGUCGCAACGGAAAGUAGAGAGGUGGAUACGGCAAAGGACGGCCAUGACUCGCAUCACCAAGUUCACCAAAUUUAUGGAAUGUGCUUGGCAGUGUACAUAUUACACUUUCAUCUUUAUUUAUGGACUGUAUGUGAUGUUUGGAAAAUCAUGGAUGUGGGAUAUCCUCCAUUGUUGGUAUGAUUAUCCAAACCACAGUGUUGAUGAUGAUGUGUGGUGGUACUACAUGAUGUCCCUCGCGUUCUAUUGGUCUAUGACAUUCACUCACUUCUUUGAGAUUAGGCGUAAAGACUUUUGGCAAAUGUUUUUCCAUCAUUUGGUCACUAUUGCCCUUAUUACCUUUUCAUGGACAUGUAACCUUACAAGAAUUGGAACUUUAGUUCUUAUUGUGCAUGAUUGUGCUGAUAUUCCCCUUCAGCUGGCAAAAAUGAGUAUUUAUUCUGGUCAUAAGGCUUUCUGUGAUGCUGUAUUUGCAGUCUUUGCCGUGAUGUGGAUUGUGACUCGUGUUGGAAUUUAUCCUAUUUGGAUCUUGUACAGUACGGCCAUUGAUGCUCCAACCAUUGUCCCCAUGUUCCCUGCUUAUUACAUUUUUAAUGGCUUGUUGUUUGCUUUGUUAUUUUUGCACGUUUACUGGACCUAUCUGAUCCUUCGUAUCAUUGCCACUACCAUAACUAAAGGCAGUGUGGAAGAUAACCGCUCGUCAUCAGAUCCUUCGGAGAUCUCUGAUGAUGAGCAAGUUAAAAAGGAGAUGUAG